AUGACUGUCGCUGCCAAACAGGCAGCCUAUACGGCAUUGACAAAACCGGGUCCAAGAUCUCGCCGGUUUCUGUGGUUUGCAAUUACUCUGAAUACGUGUCUGAUCGGAGCCUGUGCCGCCCAGCUGUUCUUCCAGCACCGCGAACUCGAGACUCUGCGCGCGGCCAUCGGAUCGUUUUCCGUUGAACAGAAUAAGCUCGAUUCCUUAGCUGUGACCCUUUCCCGACGCCAGCGAGAUACUCCGACCACGGGCUGUGCGUGUCCUCCAGGACGACGUGGCAAGCGUGGAGGCAAGGGGGAUAGGGGUGAACUCGGACCUCCCGGCCCCCCAGGGGAGCCUGGCAGACCAGGAUUCCCAGGUGCCAUCGGAAUAGAUGGGCCGCGAGGAGAGCCGGGACCCCCUGGUCCCAAAGGAGACAAAGGAGACGCUCACGUGAUCCUGCAGAGCCGCAAACGGUCCGUAGGAGCAACGAGACUGCACCAGGGAGGCGCUCUUGGAUAUAUGGAAGUGGUUGCGAUCAAAGGUGAAAAAGGAGAGCCUGGACCUGUAGGACCCCCCGGGAAGGGCGGCGAAGACGGCAGACCCGGCGCCGUGGGAUUGCCUGGCAAUUCUGGACCGCCAGGACCGAAAGGCUCUCACGGCGGCUUGGGUCCACCCGGCGAACCGGGACCUCCGGGUUCCCCAGGGGAGCCCGGGAGAGACGGCGAGGACGGUCUCUCUGGCAAAGAUGGAAUUCCCGGAUCUGUCGGCAUGAUGGGUCCGCCAGGACCGAAAGGGGAUCCAGGCCGUGUGGUGCAGCUUGAUUCCGCCGAUGGAAAGGUGCAAAUCGUCGAAGGUCCCCCAGGUCCUCAGGGAGAGAAGGGGGAAAUGGGAUCGAAAGGAGAUCGAGGCGAUCGUGGCGAAGAAGGAGCGCGCGGAAAGCGGGGAAGAAUAGGACCGAUAGGAAAACCCGGACUCCAGGGCGUAAAGGGCGAAAUGGGUCCCAAAGGGGAGCAGGGCGAGGUCGGCAAAAAAGGCGAACGAGGCGAGCGAGGUAUCCAGGGAGACGUCGGUCUCCCGGGUGCACCUGGCCGCAACGGAGAGAAAGGCGACCUCGGCUUACAGGGACCCCCAGGCCUCCCAGGAGCACCCGGCAGAGAGGGGGACAAAGGAACCCGAGGAGACAAGGGUGAUAUGGGCAUGAUGGGUCCCCCCGGUCUGCCGGGAUCUCAGGGCAAAAAAGGAGAGCGGGGCGACAGAGGUUCGGAUUCAUCCCCACAGUUUGCAGCGCACCAAGGUAUGAUCAACACGGAUACCUUCGAUCGCGAGUACAACAUGAUGAACAGCUAUAUCCCCGGUCCACCUGGACCCGCGGGUCCUCAGGGCCCCCCGGGAAUCAAGGGUGACAAGGGCGACAUCGGAGAGAAAGGAGAAUUUGGAGAAAAAGGUGAUUCAGGGCAGGAUGGCCCCAUGGGUCUUCCCGGUGUUCCCGGUCAGAAAGGAGAAGCCGGUACACGGGGACGGCCAGGUCGUAAGGGAGACCGCGGAGAGUCCUUCGCCUAUUAAGGGAUCUCGUGGAAAUAUUUCCCUCUUCUCAUUGUGUACAUAGCGAAUAAAUUAAAACGAGAGGCAGCGAAUAUCGACAGUCUCGCGGAGCAGCCGUACUCAUAGAGUCCACUGUGUAUAUUUCAUGUUUCCACAUUUCCAUAUGGCCUGCAUUUCCUCCAGAGCUGGUACCGGUUCUGUACACGGGCUCGACUUCGGUGAAGAAAAAGCUCGUCGCAUUCAUUCGUCGGAGAUUUGAAAGCUUCGCGAUCGCUCUCCGUUGUGGGUUUUCCGGAGAGAAUACUCAAUCCUUCACCCGCAGGCUUUCUGCGAGGGAAUUCUGUAUCGAACGCGAGCCCGUACAAACUAUUUAUUUACGAACACAAGUUGCAUAUCUCACCCGGAAUAAAGCCAUAGCCCGAAAUUUCUCGACUUGGCGGAGGUUCGAGACUGUUCUAUUGAGAGAAGACGAGGAGAAUUUCCGACUAGU